CCGCUGGAGAGGAAGAUGGCGAUGUAACAACAACAGCGCGGUAACAGCCAAAAACACUGCCGAAUAAUGAGCCUUGAGCCUUAAAGCAGCUCGGCAUGGAGCCUGAAAUAAAAAAGAUAUAACCCGCGAUAUAACCCCGCAGACUGUCAUGUAACGUUAGGGCAGCUGUGUAAUGGACAAAGACAAGUUUGCAUCUGGUCCCAGCUCUUGGCUGGAGAUGCAUAACUUCAUUGGUGACCUUGUGGCCUCUAGUGCGCCGGGCUCAGCUGGUCAGCUGCUGAAAUACCAUAACCAGCAGUCACUCCGCACUGCCUGGGAGACGAUGGGACCUGAGGCCUCGGCACCUAAAGCCUCACAUCCAGCUCAGAGGGACCUAACCAGACAGAAUCAAGGGAAAACCAUGACGGGGUUUGUUCUGCAGUCUGGAGAGAGGAGCGACGAGUCUGGGGAUUGUGGUGACCAACAACUUCGACCACAUACCUGCACCUGCCCGGGCUGUCCCCUUUCGUCCAUGCCUACUGCGCCCUCUCUGCAGAGCCUGAAACCCAGGUAUAGUUCCUUCCCCCAGACCCAAUCAGCAGUUUCCACUGGGCCCCCCACAUCAUUGCAGUCCAAAGAGACUGGCUCGGUGCCGGUCAGCCUUGGCCUGUGUCUCGGUCUGGGUGUCUCUCUAGAGGAGGGGAACACCGAGCCCAGCAGCACAUCCAACCCUGAGCCAAGCCACCCUGAGCACCAGGACAAAGGAACCAGCACCCACAGCCCAACGUCUGCCCCAAACUCAGGCCAUCAGAUUUGCCCUGCUGCUAUCCAGGCGUUCCCCUGCCUCUGCUUCCAGCCGUGUGCCCACCUCCUGCGACCCCAGCAGGGAUCUGAGAGCCAUUUCGCUCACAUGCACUCGCACCACCACUACCACCAUCAUCAUUGCCCCCUCGCCUCCUGCCUGCCCUGCCCGCAGUUGCGUGCCGGCUCCCGGGCACCACCUCCCUUCCCUUGCCUGUCCUGCCAGCGCAGCUUUCCCAGUUGCGCUCAGUUGCUGCGCCACCAGCAGGGCCACAUGCAGCAAGAGGGCCUCCAGCAGCAGCAUCCGUGCAUGCACUGCUCUGCCUCCUUCACUCGGCCUUCACAGCUGCUGCAGCACCAGCGGGCCCAGCAUGCAUCCAAAACUGGCGGCUUCCUGUGCGCAGAGUGCGGCCGAGCCUUUAACUCGCACAGCAAUCUGCGCGUCCACCUCAAUGUGCACACGGGUGCCCGGCCCUAUUCCUGCGCUGAGUGCGGCAAGAGCUUCAGCCAGUCAGGGGCACUCAAGAUCCACCGGCGCAUCCACACGGGUGAGCGGCCGUACUCUUGCUCCUACUGCGGCCGGGGCUUCCCCCACCUGGCUGGCGUGAGGGCCCACCAGCGCACACAUACUGGGGAGAAACCCUACCACUGCUCGCAAUGCGGUAAGUGCUUCACCCAGUCGGGUGCGCUGAAGAUCCACAUGCGUGUCCACACGGGCGAGAGGCCCUUUAUUUGCAGCCUGUGCGGAAAGGGUUUCUCCAACCGUUCGGGCAUUCGCUUCCAUCACCGUACCGUGCACGGGAUCGUCACAGAGGCGAAUUCUGUGGGACGGCCCAGCCUGGCAAGUGGCACCGUGUCUGCAGGUUCAGAGCCUUGCUCUGCCCAGGCCAGUCAGGCAGAGUCCACCUCAAGCGGCAGCAACCCUGGGCAGGCUGCUGCUCGACCCACGGUGGAUAGGAUCUCUCAGAGCAGGGAAGGCCCAGAGGUACAGGAAGAGCGGAGAGCCCUGCCUUAUGCCUGCGAGGACUGUGGCAUGCGCUUUCCAGACGCUCCCUCCAGAAACAAGCACCAGGCGCUGCAGCACUACUCCACUGAGGAGGCUGGGCAGGAGGAGAGGCCUGCAGAAACAACUAAGGAGCACACUUAGAAAGAAAGACUGGUCAGUGUCUUAUCCUAAGAAGAUAUUAGAAUCUGGCAGAAGUCAAAAGGAGCAGAAGUGAAAAGAAAAUUGGUAGUAUUAGGGAUGUCCUGGUCAGGUUUUUUUGCCCCAGUCCUGAUGUAAGUUCAGUAUUCUUAAGUAUUCCAUAUUUUUACAGAAGUUCAUAUCAGAUGUGGUUUGACUGAUUGAAUUCUACUCCUACACGGUUUAAAAGGGAAUUUCACCUGCCUGACUACAUGGUUAAAAUCUAAAAAAAAGUCUUUGAAAAAAAGUCUGAUGUGAAAUGUUCCAGUCUAGAGAAACUAUAAACCUGAACAGCUGAAAGUUUCUACAAGUUUCACACUUACUACUGUUUUAGCAUUAGCAACAUUACAUAAAACCCAAUAAUAUACAGUAUAAGUAUGCAAUGUGUAAACAUAUAUAUAUCGAGUGGCCACUUUAUUAAGUACAUCUACCUUAUAUCUACACUCACUGUUCGUUUAAUCAGGUCCAUUUAACAUAGGUGCACUUUGUAGUUCUACAGUAGUCCAUCUGUUUCUCUGCAUACUGUUUUAGGCCCCUUCCACCCUGUUCUUUAGUGGUCAGGACCACCACAGAUGGGAUCGCUCUCAGCACUGCAGUGACACAGAUGUGAAGGCAGCAUGUUGGUGUGUGUUGCGCUGGUACAGAUGGAUCAGACACAGCAGUGCUGCUGGAGUUAUUAAACACUAUAAGACGCUCUUAUCUUGUUCAACCACCUUAUAGAUGUAAAAUCGGAAACAUUAGCUUGUCUGUUGCUGCACACUUUGUGUUGGUCAUCCUUUUUUAGUCCAUCAGUGGUCCGCUGCCUACAGGACGCUGUUGGUUGGAUAUUUUUGGUUCUCAUGUCCAGCAGUGACACUGAGGUGUUUAAAAACUCCAGCAGCAUUGCUGUGCCUGAUCUACUUGUACCAGCACAACACACCCUAACACACCACCACCACCACCACAUUAGUGUGACUGCCGUGCUGAGAAUAAUCCACCAUCCUGACUAUUAAAGAACAGGGGCUAAUAAGGUAAUCAGGGAAACAGAUGGACUACUGUCUGUAAUUUUAGAACUCUGGUAAAUGGAGCUCAUUAAAUGGACAAAAAUUGCGGAUACAAGGCCAGUCUUUGUAUAUAUAGUGUAUUGAAGUGCAUUGUUAGUCUCUAAGCAACCAGAAGAGCAUUAGCUAAUGUUAAUGCUGGCAUCUUAGCCAUUGAAAACAAACUUGUCAGUCUCUCCUGACAUUUUGGCGGAACACAAUAACAGAAGCUCAAUGCAGUUAAAAAGAAAGACCGUAGCACUUUUAUAGCCUGCUGCUCAUCAAAGAGCAAAGCCAGUGAGUGGUUGUAGGGAGUAGGAACCCUGUAGGAGCCAAUUACACUUAGCAUAAUGAACCUAAACUAGCCUUAACUAGCUUGUAGUGGACGUGAUAAUGGUUGUCAAAAAUGACCUUCCUAGCUGGAGAUAUAUCAGUACUUCUAAAAGAAUUUCUACCUGUUUAACAUCUUUUGUGGAUGUUUUGGAGGAGCAGAGUUUUCGAACUGCAGCAGAUGUUUAUCUGUAUAAGCUUUUAUUGUACCAGAAGAUACUUCCCCCCCAACAAACACUUAACCAUAUGCAUACAAAGGCCUAUUUUAUAGCAGAACCGCUUCAUAAUAGCCUUUGGGCAUAGUGUAACAUGCUCUGGAUAGUGAUAUGAAUACUCGUUACUUUCAUAUUCCAGGUUGCUGUAAUUGUGUGAAUUGGGCUGCUCCUUUCUUCUCUGCUUUGAUGGGCACUGUUAACUGCCAAGUAUAACAGCCCCAAACUGAAACGUGGUGAGUUUCAGUUUGGCCAUGCUUUUCAUGAAUACAACAAUCGAAACCAUUCUGAAUAGCUGCUGGACUGUUUGACUUUAAUUUCAUUUUCUAUUUAAAAGUGUUCCACACUUUGAAUAUUCAGAGAGCUUGUUAACUUCUGACAGCACAGUCCAGACGUUGUGAAGGAUGUCCAUUUAUGUCACCUCUCUGACUGUAAACAGAAUGUAAAAUAACUUCAAGAAAGCAUCCCUAUCCACUGAUCGGACGUCCCUAGCUAGUAUUUUGCCCCCUUUGGGCCAGACUCUGUUCCAUAUUCUGACCAGCGGUUGGUCUAAAACCCUUAUGUUUUUGAUAAAAGAAAAAAAAUCUUUUGCACCUUUUUAUGCUCCUAAAUGUGGCCUUAAACAAAUCUUGUUUUGAAUUGCACUUUCAGUGAGAAUGGUGAGCACCAUUGGCAGGGUAGUGUUUAAAAAUUAUUUUACAGCAAAGAAGACAACAUGCCGAAUAAUGUGCUAAAUAAAGAAAUUCAUUAUAUAUGUAAGCGCUAAUAUACCGACGCCGUAUGCUUUGUCAUAUCUUUUAAUAACAACUGAUUCCAUGGUAACAGCUCCUACACAAACUUUUAAUAUGGUUUUGAUGAAUGGCUCCAUUCUGCUGAAUGUAAUUACAGUCUUCAUGGGUAAUUUCUAAGGCGUAGCGUGGAGUAGGUAAAUCACAAGAGUGGAGCCGUUAUGCUGAAUGUCAUUACGUGCCGAUUCUUAAUGUGUCGGUCUUAAUAGGAAUCUCGAAAUGGAUCUGAACGGCCUGUUGUUAACUCCUCGUAUUCUGGCUUUGAAAGCCACAAAUGAAAAUGUCUUCGGAAGCUAUUGCCACCUGGUAAAGCAUUUGUUUCUAAACCUCUAAAGUCGUCCUUCAUUUUGUAGUCGGUGGCAUACCCGCAGAACUCUGUUUCACUUUAUGGCAAAAAUGUUGUACGCUUAAUGUUAUAGGAAUCCUCGAAUUGGGUGGAUGUUAAAUAAUAAAUAUUAAGCUACAUCCAUGAUAAAAGCUUACACUCCUGCGCAUUGAACUGACAUUUCUUAAGUCCUAUGUCCACAUUACCAGGUUGAAGUGGCACAAAUGCGAAUUUUUGCCCUAAUGUGUCUCAUAUCUGAUGUUUUCAGGGCUGUGUGGACAUCUGAUCUUUUGAAAUACGACCUGAGCCAAUUUCAUAUGUGGUCCUAGAUCAGAUACAUAUUCAAUUUGUGGCCAUGUGACCUUAAUGUGAUGCUCAAAUCGGAAUUCAUGUGCUUCCCCCCUCAUUCAGUUACUCUGGCAGCAGCGCCGAAUAGAAGUUAAAGUCUGUUAACAGUGAAAAAGCAACUCACCUCACCUUUUCUCCUUUGUCUCGUUCUAAUAAUGAAGCUGAGAGCUGAUCAGAGUUAAUGAUCUUCAGCAAAGCUCGUUCUGCUCGUUAGUUUUUGCUGAUGGUGCACACGAUUCAUUCACAUGACGUUACUGAGUAGGAUGUGGACAUGCGGGUCAUUUCAGGACGCCGGUUCGUUCACAUUAAUGACCGAUUUGAAUCACUUAUGUUAAAGAGUGUGAACCCUUGUGUAAGAGAGAUCCGAUUUGAGCAAAAAAUCGAAUUUGAGCAGUGAGGCUUGUAAUGUGAACAUAGCCCAAGUGAACUCUAUAACACUAGCUACUCAAACAGUAGCUAUUUCUAUCAAAGCAAUUAAACAAAGCUUGCUGGUUUGCUUGGGGUAUUUUGGAGAAGUCAUCAGUCUUAUGGAAUCAGUUCAGUGUGCAGCAGCAUUAGCUUAGAUGUAGCAAUAUUUUACACUGUAUGGCCAAAAUAUGUGGGGACACAUCCUAAUCAUUGAGUGCUAACAGGUGUAUAAAAUCUGUGCAAGCCCCAUAGACAGGUAUUGUCAGUAGAAUCGGUUGUAUUGAAGAGCUUUAAACGUGGGACUGCCACCUUUGCCUACUCAGUUUGUGAAAUUUCUGCGCUUCUAGACUUGCUCUGGUUACCUGUCAGUGAUAUAGUUAUGAAAUGGAAGCACACCAACAACAACAACAGCUCAACCACAAAGUAGUAGACAAUGCAGACUCACAGACUGGGGCUUUUGAGUCUUGCAUUGUGUAAAAAUUACUUAAAGAUCUUCUGUCACUGACUACAAAUGAAAUGGGUUUCCAUGGCUGAACAGCUGCACACAAUCACUAUGUGGUGCCAGGCGUCAAAUGUAGUAGUGUAAAGCAUACCACCACUAGACUCCGGAGCAAUGGAAACAUUCUCCGGAGUGAUGAAUCAUGCUUCACUAUCUGGCAGUCCAAUGGAAGUCUCUGGGUUCAUCGGAUGCCAACAGUGAAGUUUGGUGGAGGAGGGAUCAUGGUCUAGGGUUGUUGUUCAGGGUUUGUGCUUGGCUCCUCAACUCACACGAAGGGUAAUGUUAAUGCUACAGCUUACAAAGACAUUUCAGACAAUUAUAUGAUUAUAUUAUCAUAGUAAUGUCCAUGAUUUUGGAAUGGUAUAUCCAACAAGCUUACAUAGAUGUGAUUUGUCAGAUGUCCACAUCCUUUUGGCCAUGCAGUGUAUCUCAACUACUUGCCUUCAUAAUCAGACACAUUAUUGGGAAAAAUGAAUCUAGUCGAAAACGUACCAGCUUCCGGAACACAGCAGUAGUGUUCAGGAACGCCAUUAAUUUUUUCCAUAGAGAAAAAUGGCCUAGUCCCAGAAUUCCUUUUAUGAGAAUAACACUUAGAUACUUAGAAUGGGCACUACCCAUUCUGCACUGCCUUGAGUUGUACCAGAGGCAUAACCCAUUUUUUGUUGCGCCUUUAAGUUUCAGUAUGCUCUACCUGCAGUUUCCCUCCAAAAUAAUUCUCAUCCAGUGUAAUUAGAAUAAUUUUCUGAUUAAAAAGCAUUCAUUAACCCCAAGAAGUCACUACUGAUAACAGCAUGGUAUCAUUGUAUUUCAAUUAUUUCUCACUCAUGGCGCAAACCAUGAUUGAAAGUGCUAAACUUUCAAUCAAUACCACAUUUAUGAUCAUAAGAGUACAUACACUCGUAUGCAAAAGUUUGGGCACCCCUGGUGAAAUUCCAAGUCCUUUUUAUUUAGUUUUAUAUAUUUUCUAAGUUAAAAUAUCCUCCAAAGAGAAAAUACGUCUGGACAUUUUAAUGUGCAACUAGUGUUUACUUGCUAAUUUUAACACUGAAGAAAAAAAUGAAAGAAGUCAUAAAAAUGUGGCUGGUGCAAAAGCUAUGACUCAUUUUAUAUUUAAUGUUCAUUUUAUUCCAGUGUGUUCAGUUAGUAUACAUUGUGCAGGACAAUGGCGUGUUUAAUAUAGGAUGUGUUAACUAAAACCUAAAUUUGAUGAAAAGUGUGUAUAGUCUUGUUUUGCUUUUAAUUUUGUGUCGUUUUUGUUUUUUAAUUGCUUCAAAACAAACAGAAAAAGGAUGGAAGUGGCGCCUUGAACUUAAAAUUUGUCAGUCCAGAAUGUAAGUCACAUGUAUUUACAUUAUUCUGUAUUAAUUCUGCAACGUAAUGUGUUACGUAGUUACAUUUAAGCUGUGUAGCAAAGUAACAGGAGUAAUUCUGGACUUCUAAGUGUUAAAAUGAUCUAAUUAAACAAAGGUUUUGUUUUUACUGAAUGGCCAGUCAGACAGGGACUUGCUAAAAUUGAUAAAGGCCUUGGUAGCUGUCUAAGUGUGUGCUAUAACUCAGAUGUCUUUGUGUUGUUUCUGCGAGCACCUGAAAGGGCUUAUGUUUUCACAUUGUGGAAUUCAUAAUGACUGAGGCGGAGUGUUCUGUCACACACAACCUGGGGGUCCAGAUUUACAGUCAAGUGCAGGUUUUAGAUGAAAAUGGAAUUACUAGUGUAAGAAAAACACGUUUUUACUUUUUUCUGUGCUUUUUCUGUCUGUUUCAGUGUUUGGAUCGGUGUCAGUGGCGUAACAGUGGCAUAGCUGCACUGAAAACAACUAUUAAUGGCCCCCUCUUUGGGAAAUUUACAUAAAAAAAGAAAAGCUUGCUUAGCAGUUGUUCUAUCUCAAUCACAUGAGGUAUUUUAUGUUAUUUUAGCUACUUGUGGUGUUACAGUAUGUUAGUGACAACAUGAAUAGUCCAAUAAAGAUGUUGCGGGGACGUCACCUCAGGCCUUCUGAGCUGUGGGCUCCAGGGCAAGUGCCUCACAUGUACUGCCGCUAGUUACGCCACUGGACAGUAUGACAGUUUCCUAUUAUGAAAUCAGUUGCCAACGUCAUCACAUAUUCUGUUAUUGGAUUGUUAAAAUUGACCAAGAAUUUUUAAAAAGCACCAAGUUAAAUUGAAACCAUUUCAUCCAAGAGUGUAUUAAACCUCUUGUUCUUAUACAUAACGCCAAAAAAAACAGACACACACACACACACACACACACACACACACACACAGACAGGCUGUAGCAGUAGGCUGUUUACUUCCACUGUGGCUUGUUAAAAAGACAAUCAUAUAUGGUUAUUGGAAUGAUUAGUCACUGUCUAGUGAUGUAUUUCCAAGUGGAACAUGGUACCAGGGAGGGUAAGCUAGUCAAGGGUUCACUUGAUGAUAGGAGGGGGAGGUGAUGUCUCUGGUUACUUAUAUUUUUCCCCGCCCACCGGUGGCGUAAACUCAGACGGUGUUUGUGUCAGUCAUUACAUUACAGAUGGAAGAUUAUGGGAAACCAAUAAGAAAAAGAAUGAUGUCUUUUAAGUGAUAUAUUAGGUCUUGUAUAUGAAUGAAUUAUGCUUCAUAUGCUUAAAACGUUUUCAAAAUGUAAAACAUUAUGACAAUCACUUUUAUGUCAAAGCAUAUCUUUAAAACUGGUUGUUCUUACAGUGGCAUCAAGAUGCCGUCCGCUGAGGGUCAGUUAUUAUGACAUUGUACUUGACUCGGCUAGCUUGUUUCAUCAAUAAGCCUAAUGGGUUGAUUACAUUCUCCUAUGACUUCUGACAUUGUUGUAGGUUGUUCUAGGUCGGGGGUGACGAACUGCCAUCCUGGAGGGUCAGGGUGUAGCACAGUUUGGUGAUUUUCCUCCUCUUAACACGCCUACCAAACAUGGCAAUUAGAUGCUGAGUUGAAUCUGUGUUUGAGUAGAAAAACCACCAAACUGUGCAUGACUGUGGGCCUCCAGGACUGGCGUUUGCCACCCCUGUUUUAGGUAGUUCUGCUCUCUUUUUCUCUGGAAAGCCAGUCCUUCCCUGUAUUUUACUGUAGCUAACCCUUAUCUCUUGAACUGUAAUGACAAAACUCUGUCCUCUUUUGUUAGUUAUCUUUGGACAUGUAAAAUAAAUUUAGCUGUAGACUUUGCAGUCCAAGAACCAUUCGCUCCAUCUCUUCGUGCUUUAUUAAUAAACCUAAAUAAACAUAUUUGGUCUUUGUGAAUUACAUGCUUGACUUCAUCUAGCCUUCAGCUGACAUUGGAGACCAUACCUGCUGUAAUAACCACUUAAUAUGCUGCUUGGUAACCUUAAGGGAGUGUUUAAUUCAUUUUAUCAAGGCUUCAAACAUAUUCUAAUAUUCAGCCUUAUCUUGCCUCCGGCAAUCAGCAUCAUACUAAAUAAAACACCAUCCGUCAAUCGCAGUUGUCUCGGUUGACUCGUUUUGAAACCAGGCCAUGAAAUGAAGUACACUGUAUUUUAGGCCUUAUUUGGGCUGUGUAAUCAUUGCUUCUGAGCUUUAGACCUUGCAUUUCAUAAGCUUCUCGACCCCUGAGGUCUAUGAAAUUGAAUGUAGUUACAUAUCUGAAUAUUGCAUAUUCCUAUAAUUUCUUCAGCCUAAGCUGAUAAACAGGCUAAGAUUAUAACCAUUUAGAAGUGAUAGAGCAAAUGGCUUGCGUUUUAGUGCCAGUUUCGCUGGCUUGUUUUACUAAAACAUCCCUUAACUUGUUUCAACCAGACAAUGCAUUCACUUUCACAGGCCUCAGAAGCCUUUAUGGAAGGAUGGCGAUAGCUGCUUGUUAUUCUAUCCUAGCAGAGGUUUGUUAUUCUAUCUGAGCUAAAGUUUUAGUUUGUCUUUGUUAUUUGAUGCAAGAGAUGGACCUUAGCCUUUGGAACUCCCCUUAAAAGUUUUUGUUCCUUUUCCCACAUCUGCAUGUUCUUUCUUGUAUCGGUGUGGAACUUGGAUGUUUGGAGUCAUUCAGCUAGUCAUGAUGCUUUAGCAAUAUUGGAGCUGGAUUGGGAGUAAUUUAUAAGAGAUUAUAAGAGAUUUCACUAGCUAAUUUGUAUGAAAUGAACACAGACUUCAGGAAGUACAGUUGCUUAUUUUUCCACUCAUUGUCCAUUUUAUCAGCUCCACUUAGCACACAGGUGCAGACGUAGUCCAUCUGUUUCUCUACAUACUUUAUGAGCCCUCUUUUACUCCAUUCUACAAUGGUCAGGACCCCCCACAGGACCACCAGUGCAGAUAUCAUUUGGUUGGUGGAUCAUUCUCAGCAUUGCAGUGACACUGGUGGUCAUGUGUUAAUAUGUCUUGUGCUGGCACGAGUGGAUCAGACACAGCAGUGCUGCUGAAGUUUUUAAAGGCCUUGGUGUCGCUGCUAAACUGAGAACCAAAAGUAUCCAGCCAACAGUGACCUAUGAUGAUCAAGGAUUAAAGGAUGGCCGAUGCAAACUGCAGCAGUAGAUGAGCUACUGUCUCUGACUCUACAUCUACAGGGCGGACCAACAGGGUAGAUGCGUCUAACAGAGUGGACAGUGAGUGGACGCAGUGUUUUAAAAACUCAAGAACAUUUCUGGUAAGAAGCUGACCCUUGAUGAAGUGCUAGAAGAAGCUAACCUUGUCCAUCAGUAGAUGGACUACAUUCUCUUAACUAGAGCGACAAGCUGGGGGUUUCUAAUAAAGUGGCCGGUGAGUGGAUUCAAGCACUUUGGAUGUCAAAAUCUGUUGAAUAUACUAUCUGGUACUAAUCAAGGUUACUUAAUUAGUACCUUAUAUAAGGAGAGUUCCUCAAGACUACAACUGGAGAAAAUAAUUGGAUAAAAUAAAUCAACACGAAAUGUAAGAGAACUAGCACUAUUUCCUAACUAAGACCUACAGGCCAUAUUCAGCUACUCUAAAUGGUUGCUCAUUCCUCAGUGCCCUCUAUCUCUCUUUUUAUUGUACUUUUUAUUAGAAGGAACAGUGCCAUAAUGAACCUAAAAGUAACAUGACAAGCUUAGGUUUGCUAGAUAUAGCUAGUCUAAUAUUUCUGAAAUGUUAUGUGCCAGCCUCACAAAAGUCUUUACAUGUGAUCAUUUUCAUCGUAUUGCACUAGUAAUUACUGGAAUUAAAUUGUUAUUGCUAUAUUUUACCACAGAAAUGGAACAUUAUUAGCAUUAGCAAGCUUGCUAGCACUAGCAGCAGAGUUCAGAGUAAUGCUCUGGGCUAAGCAAUGUAUAAGAAACAAAGACAGGCUUAGGUUUGAUAGAUAUCUGGCCAAAUAUUUCUGAAAUGUGUGGCAAAUCUUAACAUACGAUUAUUCGUCAUUGUAUUAUGCUAGUAAUUCUUCCAACAAAGAAGUUAUAGAUACAUAUUACCACAAGAGUUAGCCAACAUUAUCUUGCUAGUGCUAGCAGCAGAGUUUGUUGAUAAGUUGUGGGCUGAGUGGAUUUAAAAUAAAGCGACAGGCUUAUGUUUGCUAGUUAGAACUGACUUAAUAUUUCUAAAAGUCCCUAUAUAGGAUUAUAUUUUUCAUUGUAUGCUAGCUAGGUGAUUACAGGAACUAAGAAGCUGGGCUACAGUUAUAUUUUACCACCGAAAUUUCAAGUUAGCCAGCAUUAGCUUGCUAGUUCAUUGAAAAGGUUUGUGCUGAGUAAUGUUGGUUAAAGAUUUGCAUUUGGGGAAUUGAAAACUUUGGUUAUGAAGGCAGUAUUUCUCAAAGUGGGAUCUUUGGAGAUCUUUGGAGUGGGAUAGCCUAAAUGAACCCCAUAAAAUUAAAAAAAAUGUUAAUUGCAUAUUUACAGUCCACAAAUGAACUUUUUGCUAAUCUCCAAAAUAAGUGAAAAUGAACAGGGGCCACUUUUGAUCACUGUUUUUCGAUUUCUAUAACGAAGUAAGGUCUUACGUGUAAUACGCAAAGCAUGCUUGACACACCUAGGUUUGUGACCAAUAGUUCUAUUAAUAUUUUUUUCCAUUUAUUAUUUAUUAUUAUUAUUUAUGUAACCAAUCUAUACUGUUUAGUAUUUAUCUAUUUAUACUGUUUUUUCAUGCGUGUGUAUCAGUACUCCACUGAAACCCAUCUCAACUUAAGUUCCUUAAUGGGGAAAACCCUGACACUGUUUCUUGAUUCUAUGGAAACAAGGGGUUUUUACAUACACAGCAAAAUCCCCAGUGUGGAACCUUAAGACAUCUAGUUAUUAUUGUCAGUAUAAUAUUUCUAUACUAAUUAGAUGUAAUCACAUAAUUAAAUAUUAGUACAUGGUUAGGUAAUAAAUUACACUUACAUUCAAUUUACAUUCAGGCCCUGCAUUUUUUCCCCGUUUGUUUCAAUAUCAAGCUUUUUUUCAAGACUGUACAGACAACAGUGACUUUUCAGCAAAUUCAAGUCCUGAUAAAUAUUUCUCUGCUUGCUUCAUCGUGCUAAUAUAAAUUUACACCAUGCUUCUGUUAUUAUACUGACCACUAAUUUUUCACAGUGAAGUUUUAAGUUCAUAAUUUUAUUGGGAAAUGAAAUCAACUCAAAGAUAUUUUCUGUAGUAACACAGCAAAUGGGGUUAUCAUGGAGCUGUACCACACAGCAUUAUGAGACAGGACUGCAACUGAGAGUUAAAAAGGCAUUAACAUUUUUAAUAAAAACAUUUGAAGUG